UUGACAAAAAGCCCUAAUUUUCAUUUUCAGCUUUGUUCGCAUAUCCUCCGAGUCUGGCGAUUUUUAUGGCUCCAAGUUGAAAGCGUUGCUCUUUUGUUAGAAAAAAAGAUGGAUUUUGUCGCGAGAGAUAUUAUCAGCAGUCUACCAAAUCCUCUAAUUUCCCACAUCUUGUCAUUCCUUCCCACAAAAGAAGCAGCUUCCACAUCUGUUCUCUCGAAAAGAUGGCGUUAUCUGUUUGGUUUUGUAACAAAUCUUGAUUUUGACGACUCCGUCUGUGAGGAUCAUGAAGGAAAAAGCGAUGCUGAAAUUAGUAGAAGUUUUAUGGAAUUUGUGGACAGAGUGUUGGCUUUGCAAGGGAAUGGUAACGUAGACAGAUUCUCUCUAGACUGUAGUAAUUAUGAUGUUGAUCUAGCUCGUGUCACUGGUUGGAUAUACAAUGUGUUAGGACGCGGUGUAUCAGAACUUGAUCUAAGCCUCGUGGAGUAUUCCUUGCCUUGGGAGAUCUUUAUGAGCAAGACACUGGUUAGGCUGAAAUUAGGACCGGGACAGGAUCUUAGACUCACCAUUGAUAGGAAAGAUGUUUUCCUUCCAAAGCUUAAGACUCUCUGUAUUGAUUCUGUUGAGGUUGAAGAGCGUGGUUUUGGGUUUGUAAAGCUUCUUUCUGGCUGUCCCGUGCUCGAGGAAUUAGUUCUAAAUAAUCUCGGGUGGGAAUAUUGGAAGUUUUUCACUGUGUCUCUCAAAACCCUCAAGAGGCUGACUAUUUUCUCUGAGGACGAGACUGAUGAGAAUCCAAAGAGCGUGACCCUUGAUACUCCAAAUCUUGUUUACCUAGAGUAUUCUGACGCUAUUGCAGGGAAGUAUCCAAAAGUGAACUUAAGCUCGCUUGUUGAAGCUCAUAUCGAUCUUCGGAUGACAGAAGAUCAGAGUGCAGAUGUAAACUUUUCAGAAGACGACUAUUUCCCUGAAGAUUAUGAGGAAAAACAGGUGGCCGGUAAUGCAGCUGAAUUUUUUAAGGGAAUAUGCUCUGUUCAGAUCCUUUACUUAUCUGCCAAAACUAUUGAGGUACUUACUUUCUGCUGUGAGCCAAUCCCGGUUUUCAACAACCUGAACCAGUUAACGAUUGAGAGUCAGUCGGAAAUAGGAUGGGAUUCACUGCCAAGUCUACUCAAUAAUUGUCCAAAACUGGAAACCCUUGUUUUAAAGCGUCUUCUCCACAAGUAUAACAAGGGGUGUGGGAACGUGUGCUGUUGUAAACGUCCGAAGCAUCCUUCUUGCCUUUCAUCUUCUCCGGUGAAGGUGCUAAAGAUUUUUCUGUUUGAUGACAAUGAUGAAGAAGACGGGUCGGAAGUGCGACAGAUUAAGUAUUUCUUGGAGAAAAUGCCGCGUCUUGAACAGUUGCUAGUAUACUACGAUACAUCAUAUGAACCUGCUGUAUUAGACUUAUCCAAGAAGCUUCAGAUGACUUCUAAAGUAGCUUCACCAAAGUGCAAGAUCCAGGUAGUCUCUGAGAAUCUUAGUUUGUCAUGCACUGUUCCUUCUUUCUUAACAACGAAAUGGUCUACUCUUCCUCCCGAAGAAGAAGAAGAACACCGCUGGGUUGAGACUCCUCCUCGCGAGAUAAAAGAUUCCAUGCUUAUGUAUGCUUCUUCUCCAGAAGAAGAAGAUUACUGGUUUCACUAGGCUUUGAUCUAAACUCGAAGCUUUUAAAGAUUUCCUCUGUUUCUGUCGUUUUCUACUUUUGCACUCUGGCUUUUGUCCUUUUUGAAACUGAGAAUGUACUCUAAAACUUUAUGUGUCCCUCUUUGUUUCCUCUUAUUCUGGUGUUAAAAACUUUAAAAUGUUGUUCCAACUUUAAGCACGCUUGCACGUGGCUUGUAGAAGUUCUUUUUUAUAA